AUGAUUUUCGAGGCUCUUCAACGCCUUGGAAGCAAAGCCGAUCGCUUGUUGAUGUACCCACACGAUUUCCUCUUGUCUGAGGACGAUAGUUCACCUGAAGCUCGUUUACUUCGCUUUGCAAGGGACAAAUAUGCAGUCAAACUCAAGCCAGUCGCAGUAAUGAGGAAGGGGGGGGGAGGUGCACCGUGGUCAUCGAGCUACACAAAGUUGCUGGCUUUUAAUCAUACAGAAUAUGAGCGGGUUCUUAACUUGGAUUCAGAUGCAACCCUUCUGCAGUCUAUGGACGAGCUGUUCCUGCUCCCACCUAGCUCUGUCGCCAUGCCACGGGCCUACUGGUUAGAUCCGAAGGAUCAAGUCUUUACAUCUGGACUAAUGCUCAUCCAACCGUCCACAGCCGAGUUCAGUCGUGUAAUGGAUGAAGUUUCUAGCGCAACGUCUGACGUAGACGACAUGGAGAUUAUGAACAAGUUAUAUGGCGACAGUGCACUCGUCGUACCUCACCGUCCUUAUACUCUUUUGACUGGAGAGUUCCGCUCCAAUAAUCAUGAAGCCUAUCUGGGCAAUGUAGACGAAUUGUGGGAUGCUGAGAAAAUCCUCCAAGACGCUAAAUAUUUACAUUUCUCCGACUGGCCAGUUCCUAAGCCAUGGAUUGCGGCUACUCAUGAUGUCAUCAAAAGAACGCAACCUCCUUGUGAAGUCGAUCCUGUAACUGGUCAACGAGAUGACUGCCGUCUACGGGAAAUCUGGUUAGGGAUAUACAAGGACUUCAUGGCCAGACGAAAUGUACCCCAAGCCCCUCCUAGCUUCAACUCGAUUUCAUAUCAAGUUUACUGA